AUGGCAACUAAGGACGUUAAGGAUGACACCGCGGCCGCUGCUACUUCAACCGGCAAGCUCUUCACCCGGGCGGAAGUAGCGAAGCACACCGACACCUCCCAGGAUACGUGGAUCAUCAUUCACAAUAACGUCUACAAUGUCACUCCGUUCCUCAAUGAGCAUCCCGGUGGCGAGGAGGUACUCCUGGAGCAAAAUGGACGCGACGCUACGGAACCUUUCGAGGAUAUCGGACAUUCGACUGAUGCGAGACAAAUGAUGGAAUCGUACAAAAUCGGAGAGCUGGUAGAAGAAGACAGGACGAAAGAUGGUGGAAAGAAGGGUAAACCCUGGUCUAGUGGAAAUGAAAGUCCUAGUUCUUGGUGGUCCUGGUUGAUUCCAAUCGCCAUCGGGGUGUGCGCGACCAUCUUCUAUCGCUACUUUAUCAGCCUACAUUAAAGCAUUCCGAGCCCUUUUUCAUAUGUUAUUUGUUAAUAACUAUAUAUGUAGAUAGAUAUAUAUAUAUGUAUACAUAUGUAUUGAUUGAUAAAUUGUUAUACAUUUUUUCCGAAUGUAUGUCGCGCACUGUUGUUUUCUAUGAACCAAAUAACGCAUUUUCUGGCCUAUAGGCUCUAAAACCGAGACAGAAAGAGAGAUAAGGAGAAAAGUCGACGAUGUAUUAUAUAAUGAUAUACAAAUAACGCGCAUUUAUAUAUUUAUAUGUAUACGUUUGUACACACGGUAUAUAUAUGCAUAUGUACAUGUAGCGUUCGUACGCGACGUCGUUUUCCGAAUUGACGACUUUAAUUAAAUAAACUACUUUAAUUCCUUAGAAAGAAGAA